CCGUGGGUCUGUCUGAUGUAACUCCACCCCACACUAGACAUAUUUAUCUUUGUGGAUCCGGGAUAACCAUAUCCAUAUCCAUCAAUUCAUCAAUGGAGUAUGUAUAAGAUACGGUUUAACAAUAUUAAGAAUAAAAUAGGAGAGGGGUUAUAGCCAUAACGAAGGAAGUGAAGCCAGGAACAUUUGCCACAAUUUGAGCGCGUGAUGUACAAGAGUAAAAAACAACACUGUUGAUCCAAAGUACGCAUGAAUAGGGAGGCGAAUAUGGAAAGCCGUCCCAAGUUUGUCGAUGACAUACUAUAUAUCUUAACCGGAGACAGACAUAUAAGGUCUGGAGAUUCCCUGACGCUCAGCUUCCAUUAGUGAACUUGCAAGACCAAUUCGUUUUGACAAGCUCCACAUAGACCUUUCCUAACAUCCCCCUUUAGUUGAUAUUGCCUACUUAUAUAAAGAGCCCAUACCUACCUAUCCUUACAAAAGCCUUAACCGCGAAAAGAACCGAAAACAAACCCGACCUAGGAAACCAUGUCAAAGCCGACUAUCCCUACAACCCAAUGGGCCCAAGUCGCCGAUAAAGUCGGCGGACCGUUAGAAUACCGAAAAAUCCCCGUCCCAAAACCAGGCCACGAUGAAGUCCUCGUGAACAUAAAAUACUCCGGUGUGUGCCACACGGAUCUGCACGCGAUGAUGGGCGACUGGCCCUUGCCCGUGAAGAUGCCGCUGGUGGGCGGACAUGAAGGUGCCGGCGUCGUCGUGGCGCGCGGAGAGCUCGUCACUGGUAUAGAGAUCGGUGAGCACGUCGGCGUCAAGUGGCUCAAUGGAUCAUGCCUCUCCUGCGACUUUUGUGAGGGUGCGAAUGAGCCGUUGUGUGCAGAUGCGAUCCUUUCAGGCUAUACGGUUGAUGGGACAUUCCAGCAGUACUGUCUUGCGAAGUCGGCGCAUGUCACCCCAAUCCCCAAGGGGGUGAGGCUGGAUGAAGUGGCGCCGAUCUUGUGUGCGGGUAUCACUGUUUAUAAGGGACUAAAAGAGAGCGAAGCCUUGCCAGGACAGGCCGUGGCAAUUGUCGGGGCUGGAGGCGGUUUGGGGUCGCUGGCGCAGCAGUAUGCGAAGGCGAUGGGGCUGCAGGUUAUUGCAAUUGAUGCAGGAGAUGAGAAGAAGGAGUUGUGCGCGAAGCUUGGGGCGAGGGCAUACGUUGAUUUCACCAAAACCAAAGACCUCGUCGCGGAUGUGAAAGCUGCCUCACCGGAUGGGCUAGGCCCGCACGCCGUGCUCCUCCUCGCUACGGAGGAAUUACCCUUCCAGCAAGCGGCAGCGUAUGUGCGGUCAAACGGCACCAUUGUCGCCAUUGGCCUACCGGCACAUGCGCAGCUCAAGGCACCUGUCUUCGAUACAGUAGUGCGCAUGAUUAAGAUCAAGGGUAGUUAUGUGGGCAACCGGCUUGAUGCGAAGGAGGCAGUUGAUUUCUUCACCAGAGGCUUAAUCAAUGUUCCGUAUAAAGUGGUGCCGUUGUCGGAGUUGUCGACUGUCUUUUCGUUAAUGGAACAAGGAAAAAUCGCUGGUCGCUACGUGCUCAAGAUGCCAGAGGAUUAAAACGGGAACUUGCUGGAGGCAUGGCUGUAUUUAUCUGUUGCGGGUACCAAUGGAGUGGGCUUGGGUCGAGACAAUAAAGAUUUAUACAAAAUGUAGUACACUACAUGACUUGCGGAAACUGACUGAAACGAUGUGAGGAGCGCGAGGAGAUUGUCUUCAAUUUAUUCUAAAUGUUAUGAAUUUUAUUAAUGUCACUGCUUAAAUGAAGAAUAUUGACUAUAUGCUCUGUAUAAAAUUUGUGUGAGCAAUCUCACAAUCAAAUAAAAUCAAAUAAAUAUGCAAGGAGAGAGGGAGAAACUGUCUAUGUGGCAAGUGUGUAGAUUCCGAAUAUGAAAAUCAUUUUCAAGUUUCAUAGCAGAAAAGAAGAAGUGAGAUAAACGCUCUGUUGACAUGAAUCAGAGGAUAGAAGAAGAGUGUCUAAGCCCAAUUCAAAUUGUAUGAUCGGACAGUUCUAAGGAUCCAGACAGAUUGAAUAUGGAAAGAAGAGACAGGACAGGAUGAUCUAAUAGAGAAGCAAAACACAGAAGAUUGUACAGAUAGUUACGUUAUUCACUGCCCAUGAAAAUCACAUAAACUAAGAUCACACUAGAGAAACCCCAUAUGGCUCGGUAAAACCG